AUGAAAGCUCUUCUAGGCGGACUGCGAUUGACGAAUACUCAGACUCAAGCUACGAGCGAAGAAGAGAAAAUGAAGGCAGUAUCGAGUAAAUCACGGGUGGGCGAUUUCCACUGGGAAGAUGUCCUUGUUCCGGAGAAGGUCGGCACCGGUAACACGAAAUGGCAGUACCAACGCCGAACCCUCUCACAAUACGGCCUCCUGUUCCUCGCUGGCUUGACCUCAUUCUACAAGCUUGAAUCACCAGCCCUGCGUGCUGCUGCACUGGGCAUGUUGUUCCCGGGGGCAGGCCUUGUAGCUGUUGCUACCAUUCCCUCACUCAUUGCAUUCGUCGUUUCGUGUGCCUUGAUCCCUUUCGUGCUCUUUGCUUGGUUCGGUAUGGGUGGAAUCGUAUUUCCCAUUAUACUGUGGUUAGGCACAUCGAUUUUGGCAGCUGGUCUCGCCAAGGACGCUCUAUUGGAGCUGGCUGCUCCCCUCUGGACACUGAUCUGUAUCGGCGGCGUCAUCUAUCUUGCCUAUGCCUCGCGGGUUGCCAAUCGAGCUGGUCAGAAGAAGAGGGAAGCUCGUAACGCCUACCUCGUCGAUGAGGUACGCAACAAUCAACUCAAAGCCGUUGCACCCAAGCCAGGCUCCCGUGAGGUUGACGAACGUACGCUUCGAUUUGUACAAUGGUUCAUUGAACUCGGUAUGACACCACAGGACGAUUUUUCGUACCAUGAUGUGAUUGAUCAAUUCCAAACUUCGGCCAUCCGAUAUCAGCUAUAUGAGUCGAUCAAUGUUUUAGGGUUGUAUCAGAGCAUUUACUGCCCCAACUUUCAUGGCUAUCUUUCACAAGCUCAGAGGAAUAUCAUCACCAAAUCCAUGUCCAAGAAGGUUAUCGAAUUCUGGAAAUGGGAAUCUAUGGCUGGCAAGUUCAACGCUCACGAUUGGGACCCAAUUAAGAAGGACAAUAUCAUGGUUACGGGUUACAUCUUGCAAGCAAUUGGAAUAUAUCAGUCGAACACGCUUGAUGAUCGUUACACGAAACCUGACAGCAUGGUCUUUGAGGUUACUGAGUCGAACAAGUAUCGCUACAACCUUCAAGGUGUUGCAGAGGCAGUCCAUCGAAACAUGGACGAGGCGGCGUAUUGCCUCUAUCCUUGUGAGCCGAACUGGCUCUACACGCCUUGCAAUCUUGUCGGAAUCGGCGGCAUCGUUCUCACAGAUCGGAUCCUGGGCAACGAUUACGGCGCCAAGUUGCGCGAGCGCUUCGAACAUGCUUUGGAGACCGAGUUCACCGAUCCAGAUGGCAGUAUCUUGCCCAUUCGCAGCGAGCUGACUGGCUUUACUAUCCCUGGACUGGCAGGUGCUCUUUCCGACACCGUCAAUGCCCUUCUUUGCGCCGCUUACCUGCCUCACAUCGCGCAUCGGAACUGGGCUUUCACAAAGCGUGAAACCCUCCACUUCAAUGAAAAGGGUCAACUUCAGGUUCGCAAUCUCAUGGGUGCCGACAAGCUCGAUCCCGGAAAUUACAAAAGUGGCGAAGGUGCCAUUCGCUGCACCAUUGCUUCGGCUGCGGCUGAGUAUGGGGACGAUGAGAUUCGAGACGAGAUGAUGAGACAGGUGGAUGAGGAGCACUACCCUGUCUAUGCUACAAAAACGGGAGCCCUGCGCAAUAAAGGGUUGAGCACGCUAUAUCAAGGCACUACACUCAAGGCGAGGUUGAGUAGUUUUCAGGAUUGGACGAAGAUGGUGCAGACCGGGCCACCAAAGCACAUCUUCCAGGCGCCUAUUCUGGACCAAGUCUCGUUUCCCGAGGUGCUCGUUUCGAAGUGCUAUAGCCAAGAUGGAGCAACUGUCGAUUUGGUCUUGUACAAUGGUCGCCAGCCAGGAGUGUUCACUUUGGGAUUCAAGAAUUGUCGGCCGGGCGAGAGGUAUACGCUCAUGAAUAAGCAGGAGACGGUUGCGAAAGAUGGCAGCGUCAAAUUCGACAUACUCAUCGACGGACGUACUGCAGGCAGGCUUGAGCCUGUCAAUGGGAAUUGA